AUGGACGUCUCCGCUUGUGCACCCGCGACCCCCGUCGCCGGCGGCUUACUUCAGAUCACUGUCGUCGCUGACGGUGACUUCGUAAUCCAACUCACGCCAGCUGCCAAAGCGAUUACAGAGAAGACCACCAACGCCACGCCCAAGCGCGCUAGGGUGGUCCAGUUUCGCGUAUCGAGGAAUGUACUCAUCAAAUCUUCGAGUUUCUUCCAGACGAUCUUGGGAAAUCGCCCUAACUUGGCCAACGUCACCUUUGAGAACAAGGGCAACGGAUUUGGCUACGCUCUCGAGAUUUGGCUUCGCGCUCUCCACAAUGGAGUUCACACGCUCCCCAACAAUCUCAAGGCGACUCACAUCGAGCGUGCUUGGGUCGCCAUCGGUGUCGGAGAGCAAUUCGGUUUUGCUCCUCACCAAAUUGACAAGAUCAAGCCUUGGUUCCUAGAGUGCUACCAAAUUGCGCUCAACGGCGGCCUCUCACCAUUUGUGGCUUGUUGCCUCGCCUUCCCCUGCAACGUGUUCGACCACGCCGAGGGGUUCAUGAAGCUCACGAAAUACCUUGCUUAUCACACGAAUGGCACGAUCUUCACACACAACCCAUCUAGCUUUCAAGCGCUCAACCAGGACGCACGCAUUCUCGAUGGGCCCCUCACUACUGCCCGAGCCCAUAUUCAGUCCAUCCUCGACAAGGAGCUCAACUUUGCUCUUGACAAGCUUCACCAGGCCACUUGCUCUUGCCGCAAGGAAACUGCAUUCGAUUACGAGGACGCCUUGAGGGCACUCGACUGUUGGCCGAUCGAUCGCGCAGUGCAGAAGUACCCUCUUGCAGAGAUCAUUGACGAGCUCGACAAAUUCGAGUUCACUCCGAAGAACAUCAACUGCGAGUCCGGCGCCUGCGCUCAUGAUUUCAAAAACUCCGUCAACAUUGCCAUGCGCAAGGCGAAGUUCGCUUUCGACGGACUUUGCCUCGACUGCAUGGAACGUAGCGGCAUUGACCACGUGGAAGGCCAGACGCGCCAGGCUUUUGUUGCGAAGAACUCACCGUUCAAGGGCUGCUGGGAUAUCGACUGCCGCUAUGGCCACGGCCGUGCUUCUUGGUAUUACUCUUGGAUGGGACCUUCUUCAGUGCGCCGCGACAUUCUUAUUAAGUAUCGCGAGGAGAAGAAGGCACUUGGGAUCACCAAGGGCGGCCGACGUACCAGGCGCGGUGGCCGCGUUGCUAAAGACAACGCAGCUCCAGCCCCUGCUCGCCUCAUAUCCAUGUCCAUCAAGACACAGGGCUCCGGGAACAAUAAUGGUGGUCUGGAGAACGAUGACCGCGAUGCGGAUGACGAUGAUGAGUUCUUCGACGCCGAGGACGCUUCUCUUGGAGGCCUUAUCGCCACGGACAACGCCGACAUGCUUGAUCACGAUGCCGUGAACUGAGCACCACGAUGCGCGACCGUUUUACGAAAUCGUCUGCUUCUACUGCUGCUCUCUUGAUGCUCGCGCCCAACGUUGCUUGGAGUAUUGCCGAACAACUCUCAUGGACUUUGUUGGAAUUAGCAGUGGAUCGGGAUUCGGACGAUAUCAAGGACUGACCAUGUAACGCGCUUAAUGUGAGACUUACUUCUCACUAUGAGCUUCUCUAUUGGGCAGAUGAAGCAGCAUAUCAUGUAUACAGCUCGAUAUGCGAGUCCCGAACAUGCAGAUCUAAAAUCUCGCUUCAUCGUGACGUCUCGG